UAUCCCCUUUCACAUAGUAGGAAAGUGCCAUCUAUUGUUCCAUGAUUGGGGGAAGUUAUUGGCCUGUGUUGCUCCACGUAGCAAACCCUACUUCCUGUUCCAGAGUACGGCCGAUCAGUUAUGAUGAGGUGUCUUUAAGUACAGGUGUCUGGGCGAGGCAAAUAUUGUCACUCAUUAACUGGCAUGGGAGUUGCAACGUAAGGCAGCAGUGUAACGGUUCACAUAUACUGCCCCGUGGCUGCUGGAGGAGGACUGUGGUCGGAGCAGGUGAAUUCAGGUGUUUACAGAGAGGUGUGGUGUGUUUGUUCGCUCUCGCCUCCUCCCUGUUCUCUGUGCCCGCCCUGUGGGACUGUUCCCUGAAGAGCCAGAAAGGGAGGAGGAGCGAGGUUGACUAGAUUAGCUGCUAUGACACUUGCAGAGACGCACAAACAGGUUCAAGGAAUUUGCUCUUACCCUUGCCUUUCUACUUCAAGAUUUACCCCGUGAAUGUUUAGCAAUUAACGCCAGCCUUCGGAUCAACAUCCGUUCUGAAGCAUGCGUCUGUUUCUACGCCGGCGUAUGUCCCCCCUGAAACUGGUGCUCUUCGGGGGGACUCUCUUCAUGGUUGUCCUCGUGGUUCUCCAAAGGGAUGUUGGGUCUUCAUCUGCCGGGGACCCCUGGCUGCAAGGGCUGGUGGUCAAAAAAGACAAGGUGAUGAUCAUGGUCCGAGAGGCUGUCAACAACAUGGGCUUUCAGAUUGGAGCUCCACAGCCACCGCCAGAAAAGGAGCAGCCGACCCAGGAUAUCAACUGCCCCGCUGGGUUUUACACUAAGGCAGAGCUUAAACCUUACCUGGAGAGACCGCCCCAGGACCCCAACGGCCCCGGUGCUGAUGGGAAAGGAUUUCAGAAAGACCCCCUGAGCCCUGAGGAAGAGAAGGAGAGGCAGGAGGGCAUGACGCGGAAUUGUUUUAACCAGUUUGCCAGUGACCGCAUUUCACUUAGUCGAAGUCUUGGUGAAGACACGAGGCCCACAGAGUGUGUGGAGAGAAAGUUUCCUCGUUGUCCUCCUCUGCCUGACACAAGCGUCAUCAUAGUCUUCCACAACGAGGCCUGGUCCACGCUCCUUAGGACAGUCUACAGCGUCCUGCACUCGUCUCCUGCCAUUCUGCUCAAAGAGAUCAUCUUGGUAGAUGAUGCCAGUACUGCAGAGCACCUGAAGAGCAAACUGGAUGAGUAUGUGCUUCAGCUGAAGAUUGUUCGUGUAGUGAGGCAGCUCGAGAGGAAGGGCCUCAUCACAGCCAGGCUGCUGGGUGCCAGCGUUGCUCAGGGUGAAGUGCUCACCUUCCUCGACGCACACUGUGAGUGUUUCCAUGGUUGGCUGGAACCCCUGUUGUACCGCAUUGUUGAAGAACCCACUGCUGUGGUCAGUCCAGAAAUCGUCACCAUUGACCUCAACACCUUUCAGUUCAAUAAACCUGUAGCCACCAACCGCGCCUACAACCGAGGUAACUUUGACUGGAGCCUGUCCUUCGGCUGGGAGCCGAUCCCCGAGGAAGCACGGAAGCUGCGCAAGGAUGAAACCUACCCUGUAAAAACGCCUGCUUUCGCCGGAGGUCUCUUCUCAAUCUCCAAGAAGUACUUUGAGCACAUUGGGACAUACGAUGACAAGAUGGAGAUCUGGGGCGGUGAAAAUGUGGAAAUGUCGCUCAGGGUGUGGCAGUGUGGGGGUCAGCUGGAGAUCAUCCCUUGUUCUGUGGUGGGCCACGUCUUCCGCAACAAGAGCCCCCACACUUUCCCCAAGGGCACAGAAGUCAUCACACGCAACCAAGUGCGCCUGGCUGAAGUCUGGAUGGACGACUUUAAGAAGGUCUACUAUCGCCGCAACAGGAAUGCUGCAGUUAUGGCUAAAGAGAAUAAUUUCGGGGACAUCUCUGAUCGCCUGAAAUUGAAAGAGAGGCUUCAAUGCAAGAACUUCACGUGGUUUCUAAACACAGUCUACCCAGAGAUCUUCAUUCCAGAUUUAAACCCUGAAAAAUAUGGAGCGCUUAAAAACUCAGGGUCUAAUACCUGCCUGGAUGUUGGGGAUAGCAACCAGGGAGGUAAACCAGUGAUCAUGUACCAGUGUCACAACAUGGGAGGCAACCAGUACUUUGAGUACACAUCUCAUAACGAGCUACGUCACAAUACUGGAAAGCAGCUGUGCCUUCAAGCCACAACCCAGCCAGAGCCGGUGAAGAUUGAGCUGUGCCAACUGAAGGGGAAGGGAACCAGUUUGUCUCCACAACAGGAGUGGGUCUUUACAGGGGCAAAUCUUCUAAAGAAUCCCAGCAGUGGAAAAUGUUUACGACUGAAAGGAGACCAGAUUCAUAUGGACGUCUGUAAUUCUGCUGAUCUCUUCCAGCACUGGACCUUCAGCUGACCUCCUGGUCUGCUCAUCCAGUGACCUGUAGCUCUUUGUGUCUCACGCCGCAGACUCUGCACCAAAGAGCCAAAUCAAUCAAUUAAUUAAUCCAAUAGGAUUUGCGGUGGAGCUUUCAGGCAUUUGGCCAAAAUACUGAAUGGACAAUUAAAGGUGGAGGACAAUGACAGUCGCACCUGUUGAAGACACUCUGGGUUUUAACCGAUUUUUUUAAGUUAUUUAUGAAGUGAACUCAGGAAAAACAUGACAAAGGCUGUCGACUGUCAUGACCUUAAUUUCACAGAAUGUACACUCCAGCUAAGAAAUAACUUUUUUUUUCUUUUUUUUUGAAGGGGGGAUCUGUCAGUGAAUGUUGAAAUGUGACAAUAUGCACUCGUCUCCAAGAGUGUCUAUUUUUUAAUAAAAAUUCUUUGUGUCAGAUAAAUGAUAAUUUGUAUGCAAUGUAUGAUUAAUAUUUAUUUUUUAUCAUCACUGUAAGGCUCUCCAAGGGUUUCAAAAGUAAAAUAUACUGGAGUUUCAACCAA